AUGAUCCCGAAAGACGCAGACUUCUUCCUCAUCAUCAUUGACAGGAAGAGGUACCAAGUUCGAAAAACCCCAAUCGCGGAUCACCGAGCGCGCGCGUUGCACGGGAGUGCGUGCCGGGUCUAUGAAGCAUGGCUCGUCAAUCACGAUGCCACUCGGCCCAAAGAUACGGAUAUCACAGAUCUGGAGAAGGCUAAGAGGGUGGCAAUCAAAGAAGUUUGGCGGGACGAGCAUCGAGAGCCUGAACGGAAGAUCUACGAUCGGGUAAUGAAGGCAAUCAAGGACAUCGAAAAGAGAAGUCCUGCAGAAUUGAAACUCCCCUCCGGCGAGAAGGCUGAGAACUAUUUCGUCAACAUUAGUAGCGAUGAAGAAGUGACGAUUCUCAAUUAUGGCCCUGAUGAUACAGCACGAAUCAUGGCUGGCAGAGAGCUGCCGGAAGGAACGUGUUGGAUCAAGACGGAUCUUAUUGUGCAGACUGGAACGAACGACAGGUCGGGUGCACUGGAUUGUCCGAGUGCCCAAAACUCCGAAGCGGUCCUUGGCCGAAAGAAACUGUUGCAGACAGCGACGAUCAAGCCGGUUGUGCCGAUUUCGCCGAUUUCGCCCGAGAUCCACCACCGUGUCCAUUAUCGAACCGUGACGGACAACAUUGGGGAACCUUUACAUCACAUUGAGAGGUUAGAUGUCGCAUUCAAAGCGCUGGCUGAUGUCGUUCAGGCGUGCAAAAUGAUGUGCGUUGCCGGAUUCAAUCGUCGGGAUCUUUCUCCAGGCAAUAUCAUCGUCGACAAAAAGGAGGGGCGAGGGCGACUGAGUGAUCUGGAAUUUGCGAAAGAGCAUAUGCGUGACGAAGAUGGGCACCACGCGCGGACUGGAACUCCCGAUUUUAUGGCGAUAGAGCUGAUAAUAGGCGAAUAUCAAUUCCGAGACCUGGAGGACAUAUCUGUUCUCACGAUUUCGAGUCAGAACCGGAUCAUUCCAUUGCGACAUAACGCUGGACACGACCUCGAAUCAAUAUUGUGGAUCGCUAUCUUCCUGUUGUAUAAUUCCCUGGUGAUUGAUGAUGACACGUCAGGCGAGCGAUCGGUAAGGGACGCAUUGUUUGCCCAGGCCUGCCAGCAAAGGACACAUCGGGAACAGCUCUUCGAUGCUGAUCCGCUUCGCCGAGCUACGGUCUUCUAGAGCCGCUUAAACUUCUAUAACAAAUUAUUGGAGCAUUUCAGCAGUCCAAGUGUUCAAGCGGCCAUCCAGCUUGUGGCCGGCAUGCACGCCGACCCGUUUGCGGCGUAUAAGCGUUUUGGAGCCGUUCUAACCCAUGAGGAACGUGGGCGAACACGGAAUACGGACUUCCUCCAGGUGCACGAGUCUUUUGCAAAAGCAUUGAGACAGAUGAGCGAUCUUUUCAAGGGCAAGCAGUGCGAAAGGGUGGAAGAUAUUCUCCGGGCGGAGCGGCACAAGUAAAGACCGUCCGAUGGGAU